AUGGGUGAAGACUUAUUUCGAGGAAGAAACCAUGCCCUUCCCGUCUUGCAGGAACUCAAGUACGAAGGACUCACAUUCGUUGUUUCUGAGGGCUUGGCUUUCUGCCAUAAGAGACUUGUUGCUCAUCUGGACGUCUCUUAUGACAACAUCCUUGUUAACUUUGCUGGGGGCAUCAAUUCCCCAAGGACUUCCGCUUUUAGAAGCAAGCAGUACCUCUCAGUCCAUUUUCCGGUCCGCUAUUAUAUCAACGGUUUUGAGCACGCUGCAGUCUUCUUCGAGGAUUCCAAGCCAUCCGAACGGACAAUAACAGGGCUUCCAAAUGCAUGCUGGGGCAGCAAAAAGGAAUAUUUUACACGACGUGUCCCGCCCGAAAUGGGAAAUGCGGAGCCAUACUGCCCAUUCCGAGCUGACCAUAUAGUCGAACUUAAGCUGUGGGAUGAUGAAGCGGAGCUACAUCGCAUGACCGUCAAAACGAAAGCCGCCAGUACGGCCCUUCGUCUCCUCAUUCUAUUCAAGGAAAUGAGUCAGGAGAUUCCUACUCAACGCCCACUCAUGGCGGAAGUAUACGAAACACUGCAAACCAUCAUUCGCGAGACUGACCAGGCAGCUCAAGAGCAUUACGCCGGCAUUUAUCUUCCACGAGAGUCGCACAACAGGGGAGUGGAAAAGGACAAUAGAGGCGUGUUACCCAUGGUGGUUGUUGAUGGGGCGUCGGGGGGUUCUGUGAAAAUGUGA